CUAAGUGCCUCCGGUGAUGUCUCCUUGUUCCUUUCUGCCACCAUUCACAGUGAUCACUAUGGCUUCCAUCCUGCUGGUGCUCAGAUGAAGCAGAAGCUGUCAGAGGAACGCAGAUCUGGAAGUUUCCAAACUGUCUCAAUCUGGUCUCCAAUUCUCCUGGCCAUGCCCACCCCGCACCAGACACCUUCAGGCUGACAGGGAGGUGGCAGCUGCACCCCAGAGCUGAAAUCCACACACUGCGAGGUCAAGGGUCAAGAUGGUCUCCUGCUGAGGCUUGCUCCAAAGAGUGAGGACAAUAUUUGCAGAAGCUGCAGGUUAAGCAAAGACAGCAGACAGAAGUCAGCAGGUGCAAGAUUGCCCUGCUCUUCUGGUCCAAGACCCUCCCACCCCCUCUACCUGCUGCCUCUGUCCUGGGCACACCUGGACACAUCUGAGUAGAGACAAGCCAUCCAUCCAUCCGCAGCCAUGAAUUUCCUCCGGCGGCGCCUCUCGGACAGCAGCUUCGUGGCCAACCUGCCCAAUGGCUACAUGACGGACCUGCAGCGCCCAGACAGCUCCACCAGCUCCCCUGCGUCCCCGGCCAUGGAGCGAAGGCACCCCCAACCCCUGGCGGCCUCCUUCUCCUCACCAGGGUCCAGCCUGUUCAGCUCCUUUUCCAGUGCCAUGAAGCAGAGCUUGCAGACCCCCUCAGGGCUGAUGGAGCCACCAGGCCCCUCCACGCCCAUUGUUCAAAGACCCAGGGUCCUGUUGGUCAUCGAUGAUGCCCACACCGACUGGUCCAAGUAUUUCCAUGGAAAAAAGGUGAAUGGAGAGAUUGAGAUUCGAGUGGAACAGGCUGAAUUCUCUGAAUUGAAUCUGGCUGCCUAUGUUACUGGGGGCUGCAUGGUGGACAUGCAAGUUGUGAGAAAUGGGACGAAGGUUGUAAGGUCCUUCAAGCCGGACUUCAUCCUGGUCCGCCAGCACGCCUACAGCAUGGCCCUGGGCGAGGACUACCGCAGCCUGGUCAUCGGCCUCCAGUACGGGGGGCUGCCUGCUGUCAACUCCCUCUAUUCAGUCUACAACUUCUGCAGCAAGCCCUGGGUGUUCUCCCAACUCAUUAAGAUCUUCCAUUCCCUGGGUCCUGAGAAGUUCCCACUGGUGGAGCAAACGUUUUUCCCCAACCAUAAGCCAAUGCUCACAGCCCCACACUUCCCCGUGGUGGUCAAGCUGGGACAUGCCCACGCCGGAAUGGGGAAGAUCAAAGUGGAGAACCAGCUCGACUACCAGGACAUCACCAGCAUGGUGGCCAUGGCCAAAACCUAUGCCACCACUGAGGCCUUCAUUGACUCCAAGUAUGACAUCCGCAUCCAGAAAAUUGGAUCCAACUACAAGGCUUACAUGAGAACCUCCAUCUCUGGAAACUGGAAGGCCAACACAGGCUCUGCCAUGCUGGAGCAGGUGGCCAUGACAGAGAGGUACAGGCUGUGGGUGGACAGCUGCUCGGAAAUGUUUGGCGGCCUGGAUAUCUGUGCUGUCAAGGCCGUGCACAGCAAGGACGGCAGGGAUUACAUCAUCGAGGUGAUGGACAGCUCAAUGCCCCUGAUCGGAGAGCACGUGGAAGAGGACAGACAGUUGAUGGCCGACCUUGUUAUCUCCAAAAUGAGCCAACUCCUGAUGCCAGGGGGUACAGUGCCCUCACCCCUGAGACCUUGGGCGCCCCAGAGCAAGCCAGCAAAAUCCCCAGGGCCUCCCCUGGGACAAUCGCAGCCGCGUCCACCCACGCAAGGGGGCCCUCGCCAAGCUCAGUCUCCUCAGGCCCCAAGAUCUGGAAGCCCCUCUCAACAGAGGCUCUCCCCUCAAGGCCAGCAGCCUUUGAGCCCCUCUUCUGGAUCUCCACAGCAGCAGAGAUCCCCAGGCUCUCCCCAGCUGUCCCGGGCAUCCGGCGGCAGCUCUCCAAAUCAGGCCUCCAAGCAGGCCACCACCCUCACCUCACAGCCCCGGCCCCCAAUGCAAGGCCGCAGCACCUCCCAACAGGGUGAGGAGUCCAAGAAGCCAGCACCACCCCACCCCCAACUCAACAAAUCCCAGUCCCUGACUAACAGCCUCAGCACAUCUGACACUUCCCAGCGUGGGGUCCCAAGUGAGGACGAGGCCAAGGCCGAGACCAUCCGCAACCUGAGGAAGUCCUUCGCCAGCCUGUUCUCUGACUAGCUCGUCCAGCCCCCCCCACUGGCUGGGG